UUCAGUCCGUGCUCGGGUCUCGGCUAAGAGAGAGAAAGAGACAGACAGACAGACAGACAGAGGACUGACAGACAGAGUGGGAGAAGGAAGAGAGAGAGAAAGAGAGAUAGAGAGAGAGAAAGAGAGAGAGCGCGAGGGGGCUGUGUGUCCCAGCCACACGGCACUCUUCAAACACAACCACAGUCUCGCCACGUUCAAUUCAAUGAAGAUCUAACGAACACAACACAGACUGCCUAAAACCAGUGAAUACAUCACACGCGCGGCACGUGCGUGUUUUAUCGUCUUAUAAACCCCGAGUAUCGAUAAUGCGUUGGUGACGGACAACUCGAGGGAAGAAAACGAAAGGGGGGAAACCAGAAGAGGAACCUGGAUUUCUUUCCUCCACGUUAUUUUAUUUGGACUUGGCUGUCACAAGUGGAUGUAAAAAAAAAACUCCCUCAGACAGAAUCGAAGGAGAAACCGAGUUUCAAACUGUCCGCAAAAUGGUGAUAAGGCUGUGAAUACCCUGCAUCUGAGAAAUCAGACCAGACUGACUCACAGGGCUCUGUGAGCCAGCGCCACCGAGGCUGCCAAAGCAUGCUGGUGCCAAGCUGUCCCACCAUGCACAGAGCCAGACCCACGCUGCUGCUGCCGCUGCUGCUCGUCCUGGGUCUGUUCCUCCACCUCGCCGACGCUCAAACACCACCAAAGUUUUUAAGAACCCCCAAUGACCAAACAGGCGUGCAAGGAGGGGUGGCAUCCUUUAUCUGCCAAGCUACCGGAGAUCCACGGCCGAAGAUUGUAUGGAACAAGAAGGGGAAGAAAGUCAGCAACCAGAGAUUUGAGGUAGUGAUAGAGUUCGACGAUGGUUCUGGUUCAGUGCUAAGAAUUCAGCCUUUGCGCACGCCCCGAGAUGAAGCCAUAUAUGAGUGUGUCGCCUCCAACAGUGUUGGAGAGACAAGCGCUACCACCAGACUCACUGUUUUACGUGAGGACCAGCUGCCCCCUGGUUUCCCCACCAUAGACAUGGGCCCACAGUUAAAAGUGGUGGAGCGAACUCGCACCGCCACCAUGCUCUGUGCCGCCAGUGGCAACCCCGACCCCGACAUCUCGUGGUUCAAAGACUUCCUCCCCGUCAACACCACCAACAACAAUGGGCGCAUUAAACAGCUCAGAUCAGAAUCCUUUGGUGGUACACCAAUAAGAGGAGCCCUCCAGAUAGAGCAGAGCGAAGAGUCCGACCAGGGGAAGUAUGAGUGCGUGGCGACCAACAACGAUGGAACCCGCUACUCUGCUCCAGCAAAUCUUUAUGUCAGAGAGCUGCGAGAAGUACGCCGGGUGCCACCGCGGUUCUCCAUUCCACCUACAGACAAUGAGAUCAUGCCAGGCGGCAGUGUCAAUAUCACAUGCGUGGCAGUGGGCUCGCCCAUGCCAUAUGUCAAGUGGAUGCUGGGCGCUGAGGACCUCACGCCAGAGGACGACAUGCCCAUUGGACGGAACGUCUUGGAGCUCACAGACGUCCGGCAGUCAGCCAAUUACACCUGUGUGGCCAUGUCGACCCUGGGGGUGAUUGAAGCUGUGGCGCAGAUCACAGUGAAAGCAUUGCCUAAAGCUCCUGGCAUUCCUGUAGUGACAGAGCGAACAGCCACCAGCAUAACACUCACUUGGGACUCGGGCAAUCCUGAACCAGUGUCAUACUACAUCAUCCAACACAAAUCCAAGUACUCAGAGGACUUGUACAAGGAAAUAGAUGGCGUAGCCACCACUCGGUACAGCGUAGGAGGCCUCAGCCCAUAUUCGGACUACGAGUUUCGCGUAGUGGCGGUAAACAACAUCGGCCGAGGGCCACCAAGUGAGAGCAUUGAAGCUAAAACAGCUGAGCAGGCCCCCAGCACGGCACCAAGGCAGGUCAGAGGCCACAUGAUGAGCGCCACCACAGCGGUCAUCCACUGGGACGAACCGGAGGAGGCUAAUGGACAGAUCAUGGGCUACAGAGUCUACUACACCAUGGACUCCACCCAGCACGUCAACCUGUGGGAGAAGCAGAUUGUCCGGGGGUCCAACUUUGUCACCAUCCAAGGACUGAUCCCCAAUAAGACCUACUACAUCAAGGUCCUAGCCUACACCUCUGUAGGUGAUGGACCGCUUUCUCCAGAUCUCCAAAUCAUAGCAAAGACAGGAGUUCCCUCCCAACCAACUGACUUCAAAGGAGAAGCCAAAUCAGAAACAAGUAUUUUGCUCUCAUGGAUCGCCCCAGCACAGACCGGACAAGAAAAUCAAAUCACAGGAUAUGAACUUAUGUACAGGAAGAGGGACGAAAAAGAGGAGAGACGUAUCAGCUUUGAACCAACAACAACAUACCUGCUGAAGGAGCUGAAGCCCUUCACCACUUAUACUUUCCGCCUGGCUGCCCGUAGUAAACAUGGAGUUGGGGCUUACACCAAUGAGAUCUCUGCAGAGACUCCUCAGACACAACCCUCGGGCCCGCCUCAGGAAGUCAAGUGCUAUAGCCCCAGCUCCACCAACAUCCUGGUAAGUUGGCGGCCACCCCCUCUGGAAUUACAAAACGGGAUCAUAACACAAUACAGCAUCCAAUACGCCGCCACGGAAGGGGAGGAUACUACAGCUCGUCAAAUCCCCGGCAUUCCUCCAGAAAGCUCCCAGUACCUUUUGGAAAACUUGGAAAAAUGGACAGAGUACCGUGUGACGGUCACUGCUCACACAGAUGUCGGAGCAGGACCGGAAAGCCUUCCACAGCUCAUCCGCACGGAGGAGGAUGUUCCUAGCGGGCCACCUCGUAAAGUUGAGGUGGAGGCUGUCAACUCCUCAUCAAUUAAAGUGAUCUGGCGUUCACCGAUGCCAACCAAGCAGCACGGUCAGAUCCGAGGGUACCAGGUGCACUAUGUCAGGAUGGUUAAUGGGGAGCCCACAGGACAGCCAGUCAUCAAGGACAUACUGAUUGAUGAUGCCCAGUGGGAAUAUGAUGAUUCUACUGAACAUGAAAUGAUCAUCACAGAGCUGCAGGCUGAGACCACAUACUCAGUUACUGUGGCAGCCUACACAACAAAAGGUGACGGUGCACGCAGCAAGCCCAAACUGAUCACCACCACUGGCGCAGUUCCUGAGAAACCCCGGCUAAUGGUCAGUACCACCAACAUGGGCACAGCUCUCCUCCAGUGGCACCCCCCAGCACUAACCCAUGGCCCUCUGCAAGGCUAUCGGCUCCGUUUCGGCCGCAAGGAUGUGGAUCCACUGACUGUCAUUGAGUUCCCUGAGCGAGAGAACCAUUACACUACCAAAGAGAUCCAUAAGGGAGCCUCGUACACUUUCCGCCUUUCAGCACGCAACAAGGUGGGCUUUGGGGAAGAGACGGUAAAAGAAGUCACCACAAAUGAGGACGUCCCAAGCGGAUAUCCUCAGUUCAUCACAGCAGAGGGUGCCACAACCUCUACCAUUCAAGUUAACUGGCAGCCUGUUUUGCUGGCAGAGCGAAAUGGCCAAAUAAUAAAAUACGCUCUGCAGUAUAAGGACAUCAACAGCCCACGCAGCCCCUCAGAACUCUUCAUCACCGCCCCAGAAUCAACAGUCAUCCUGGACGGCCUUAAAGCUGAUACCACUUAUGAUAUUAAAAUGUGUGCCUUCACCAGCAAGGGUGCUGGUCCCUAUAGCCCAAGUGUCCAAUUCAGGACACAGCCUUUGGAUCAAGCAGUGUUUGCAAAAAAUUUUCACGUGAGAGCUGCUAUGAAGACAUCAGUGUUGCUGACCUGGGAAAUCCCAGACACCUACAAUCCAGCUCAACCUUUCACUAUCCUCUAUGACAACGGGCAGAGCGUUGAGGUGGAUGGGAAGCUAACACAGAAGCUCAUCACAGGUCUCCAGCCAGAGACGCAGUACUCCUUUCUUCUGACAAAUCGUGGCAACAGUGCCGGAGGUCUGCAGCAUCGCGUUUCCACCAUGACAGCACCAGACAUCCUCCGAACCAAACCCGACCUGAUUGGGAAGACCAACUCAGAUGGCAUGGUGACUGUGGAGCUUCCAACUGUGCAGACGUCUGAGAGAGUGAGGGGAUAUUAUAUCGUGGUGGUGCCUCUGAAGAAACAGCGCACUGGCAAGUUCCUCAAGCCCUGGGACAAUCCGGAUGAAAUGAAUUUGGAGGAGCUGCUUAAGGAGAUAAACCGAACGAGCAGAGGCCUUCGCUUCCUGAGGCAGGCGGAGCCCAAAGCCUAUAUCGCUGCUUACUUCAAAGACCUGCCCAAAGACUUCACCCUGGGAGACGGCAAGACCUACGGGGACUUUGAAAACAAGCAACUUCAGAAUGGCCAAGAGUACAUUUUCUUUGUGCUGGCGGUUCUGGAGAUGUCUGAAAAUAUUUUGUAUGCUACAAGCCCCUACUCGGACCCUGUGGUGUCAGCUGACAUCGACCCACAGCCAAUCAUCGAUGAAGAGGAAGGCCUAAUCUGGGUGGUGGGCCCUGUGCUAGCUGUCGUCUUCAUCAUAUGCAUCGUCAUUGCUAUUCUUCUAUACAAAAGCAAACCAGACAGAAAAAGAGCAGAAACUGAAGCUAGGAAAGGCAGUCUUCCCAACAACAAAGAAAUGCCUCUGCAUCAUCCAACUGACCCUGUUGAACUCCGACGUCUCAACUUCCAAACGCCUGGUUCAGGUGCGUCCAGUCACCCCAGUAACCUCCAUUUGUCAAGUAUGGCCAGCCACCCUCCAAUUCCAAUUAUGGACCUGGCAGAUCAUCUUGAGCGCCUGAAAGCCAAUGACAACCUCAAGUUUUCACAGGAAUAUGAGUCAAUCGACCCUGGCCAGCAGUUCACAUGGGAGCACUCCAACCUGGAGGUCAACAAACCAAAGAACAGAUAUGCCAACGUGAUUGCCUACGACCAUUCCCGAGUCCUGCUUUCUGCUAUUGAUGGUAUCCCUGGUAGUGACUACAUCAACGCCAACUAUAUUGACGGCUACAGGAAACAGAAUGCCUACAUUGCCACCCAAGGGUCCCUGCCAGAAACAUUUGGUGAAUUCUGGAGGAUGAUUUGGGAGCAGAGAAGUGCCAUCAUCGUCAUGAUGACCAAACUGGAGGAGAGGUCCAGGGUGAAAUGUGACCAGUACUGGCCAACAAGAGGGACUGAGACCUAUGGCCUCAUCCAAGUGACACUGCUGGACACAGUAGAGCUGGCUACAUACUGUGUCAGGACGUUUGCACUUUUUAAAAACGGCUCCAGUGAGAAAAGAGAGGUGCGGCAGUUCCAGUUCACGGCCUGGCCGGACCAUGGGGUACCGGAGCACCCCACCCCGUUCCUGGCCUUCCUGAGACGGGUGAAAGCUUGCAAUCCUCCAGAUGCGGGGCCCAUGGUGGUGCACUGCAGUGCUGGAGUGGGACGCACAGGUUGCUUCAUCGUGAUUGAUGCCAUGCUGGAACGUAUCAAACACGAGAAGACUGUGGAUAUCUAUGGACACGUGACACUAAUGCGUGCCCAGCGCAACUACAUGGUGCAGACAGAGGACCAGUAUGUCUUCAUACAUGACGCGCUCCAGGAGGCCGUCAACUGCGGCACCACCGAAGUGCCCGCCAGAAACCUAUACGCCUACAUCCAGAAACUGACGCAGAUAGAGGGUGGAGAGAAUGUCACCGGCAUGGAACUUGAGUUCAAGCGUUUAGCCAACACUAAAGCCCAUACAUCACGAUUCAUCAGUGCCAAUCUCCCCUGCAACAAGUUCAAGAACCGCCUUGUUAACAUAAUGCCAUAUGAGUCCACACGAGUAUGUCUUCAGCCCAUUCGAGGAGUUGAAGGCUCUGACUACAUCAAUGCCAGUUUCAUUGAUGGGUACAGGCAACAGAAAGCUUACAUUGCCACACAGGGACCACUGGCAGAGACCACAGAGGACUUCUGGAGAAUGCUCUGGGAGCACAACUCCACAAUUGUUGUUAUGCUAACCAAGCUUAGAGAAAUGGGCCGGGAAAAAUGCCAUCAGUACUGGCCAGCAGAGAGAUCGGCCAGAUACCAGUACUUUGUGGUGGACCCAAUGGCCGAGUAUAACAUGCCCCAGUAUAUCCUGAGAGAGUUCAAAGUGACUGAUGCCAGGGACGGACAGUCGCGAACAGUAAGGCAGUUUCAGUUCACAGACUGGCCUGAACAAGGAGUUCCAAAAUCAGGAGAGGGCUUCAUUGAUUUCAUCGGCCAAGUACAUAAAACAAAGGAGCAGUUUGGCCAAGAUGGGCCGAUCUCGGUCCACUGUAGCGCGGGUGUUGGUAGAACUGGAGUUUUCAUCACCCUCAGCAUUGUCUUGGAACGAAUGAGGUAUGAGGGCGUAGUAGACAUCUUUCAGACAGUGAAAAUGUUACGAACACAGAGACCAGCCAUGGUGCAGACAGAGGAUCAAUACCAGUUCUGCUACAGAGCUGGCUUGGAGUACCUGGGAAGCUUUGAUCACUAUGCAACGUAAAAGACCCAGUAUUGGAAGAAAAAAGCAGAGGGCCCUUUGGAAAGAAAACCCAGUGAGCCUCUCUUCUGAGCCAUAAAUUCUUGCUUGAGAAAGUACUCCUUAACUCCUUGCUAACAACUCAUUAAGUGUUGGAUGUGCGACAUGACUCGUCAAAAAAUGAAAAAGAUGAUUCCUGAAGGACCAAGUAUUUCCAAACCCCGAUAAAAAACCUCGCUUUGACACGAAAGCGGGGGGAAUCCUGACUGUUGGAGCAUCGUACGGAAUUACCUUUUCUUUUGCUUCAAGGAUUCAUUUUGGGGCUCAUAAAACUGAAUGAAACCAACACAACAAAAAAGUAAACGAACAAUAAUGACAUCGUCAGAAAUGCAUCAGUGAAUACGAACCAUUACGAGAGGCAUCGGAGGCACACAGAACCGCGGGGGUGGGAAAAACUUGAUGCACAUUGUAAAGAAAAAAAAUCUAUUUCACAAUCAAGUACACACUGACAACCCAUUGAAAAAGAAAACAAUGCUUGGUCCACAACAGAAGGACAGACUUAAAGUAAUAAUGAAUAAACACCCCUUUUCCUGUCACAAUGUUCAUCAUCAAAAUUCUGGGAGAGGGUUAAAUGAUCUAUGAAAUAAAUGAAAAUUAUUGAUUUAGUUUUUUAGUACUUUAUUAUACAGCUGAUGUGCUUUUUUUGAACUGUGUGAAUUUCCUUUUUUUACACAAAUUUAUCGCUUGGAACAAAGUGAUAAAAUGUAUUAAAUGUUCAUUUUUUUUAAAAGCUGUAGAACUGUUCUGACGUAUGUGCUAUUUUGCAGAGAAUCACUUCUUUUUUUUUGUUUGUUUUUUGUUUUUUUGUUUGUUUGUUUUUUACUUUUCCCCCCUCAUUUUUGUUGCACUUAGUGCGCACAGUGGAAUUCACACUACCAAAAUGUUGAUUUUGUUCCAGAGAUAUUUUUUGGUCUUGAUUUGUAUGUUUGUCCAUGAUCUCAUACAUGGUAACUUAAUUACACCCAUAAAGAUAAACUGGGGCUUUGUGGAAUCAACAGGGAUGAGCAAAGUAUGAAGUCGCUGCUACCGAUUAUCUUAGUUCUUCCAUGUAAGAAAGGUGUUCAGAGAGGACCUAGUGAAUUCGAUAUAUUUAAAUAUUAAAAUAUAUGGUACAGAUUUUAAGAUAUAUAAAAGCAUAAAUUAUACAUUCUACAUAUAUUGAUAAAGUAAAUAAUUUAUGAGAUAAAAGUGUCUAUGAAAGCUUCCAAAUUGAAAGUUGUGUGCUAUGGGGGAAAUGAAAUGAGAUUUUUCACUGGAAUGCACAUCAGUAGGACAAAAAUGUAUUCUGAUUCAGUGCAUCUUUUCUUGUGCAAUAAAUGUGUAUUCUUAGAUAGGGUUUUUAACGUGGAUAUGUCAUUCACUCAUGACAUUGUCGUUCCCCAACUGAGAGAGACGUGGGAGUGGGAGUGUCGUACGCCAGUCAAAGAGACGGAGGGGUCACAGUCACAGCUCCACACAAUAGGGCAAAGGUACAAAGACGUCACCUUCUCGUUGUUCUUUAAAGCAUUAUUUUUUCAUUUUUGCAUUUAGAGUGCCUUAUAUUUAUGCCUGUUUUUAUAAUGUUUCAUUUAACAUAUUAAUGUAUCCUUUGAGUAAUCUAGGCAUUUAGUGUAAAUGUAAAUGUAUAGUUUAUUUACCUGUAGUAUUCAUUUGUCACAUGAUGAGAUUAUAUAUGCAAAUAAGAACAUUUCAAAGCUCAUAUUUUUCAUUUUCAGUGGCCUUAUUGUGGCUGAGUGAAAAAGAAUUUAUAUAUAUUACUAAACUAUACAGUUGAAAAUACAUAAAAUAUAAAAGACAUUUAUCAAAACUCUUCAGACAAAGAGCCAGGGAUGAGAUAGCAGUGUCUCAAAAACAAACAGUAUGAAAUCCCAGCAAACGAGCUUUUACAAUUUUAAAAAGGAUCGGGUGGAAAAGAGCGCCUAAUGUGCAGGUCAUCACCGAAGGGUUUCUUCUUCAUGCCUUAGGUUUGAAUAACAGACUUCAUGUGUCAGAGAGAUCUAGAGCUUCUGUUAUACCAGACAAUCCUAAACGGUGUCCUUUUAUUUUGAAAUGACAGACUGAAAGAGAGGAUUUAGUGUCAGUCUUCAUGUUCGGGCAGCAUUUUCUCCAUCCCCUCUUUGAUGGCUUUGUGGAUGUGCAUUCCAGGUGCUUUCUUUCCCUUAACUCAAGCAGCUAUGUGUUUUAUUUUUGUCUGCCAAACUGAUUUUUUGUCAUCAUUUUUAAGAUAUAAAGUGCUAUUAUUUAACCUCAUGGUGGCUAAUUUUAUGUUCUGUUAUUUUCUCAUCUCAGUUUUAACUCUUUGUUUCUUGGUUUUACAUAUGCAUGGUGAAACGUUGCAGAAUGGCCAGAGCUGGCCUGGUAGGAAGAUUUGCACUUUCUCUAUCUUUGUACUAUGCACUGCCCUAUUGAUUCUAAACCCAAUAAUAUAUUACUUGAACCCAUCUAUGAAAAAAAAAUCUCCUUAAACGUUCACUUUGUGUGUAUGUAAAUAACACAAAAAAGGUAUCGACUCUUGAAAAAGACAAAAAAAAAAGUUUGUGGCGAAAAAGAGCAUCCGUUCUGAUGCCAUGGUGACUCCAGCAGAUGACUUCAGAAGAAUUCUGUCCCCCGACCAUCUGUUCUUGUGGCUUUGCCAUUCAAGCUUGGAGUGUCAUUAACAGAAAUAAACGUUGUGUUCUCUGCUCUCUCUAUCUAUCUCUCGUCUGGAUGCAUAGACUGAAAAUUAAAUAAUGAAAUUGUAAAAAAAAAAAUGGCUUGUUAAAAAGAUCAUACAAUUACCUCUGAUUAGUUGUAAGCGUAAACUGUUUCUUUUUUUCUGAAUGAAAGGAGUGCUGUUUAUUUUCUUACUUAGGUUACAUUGGUGGCGAAAGAAGUCUGUAUGAAAAUCAGUUCUUUGCUGACACAAGUUCCAUUUGUUAUAAAUGAAUUCUAUUAAAAAAUGUCAGUGUUA